GUAACCAGGUCCAUUUAGCUGCUCUGUCAUACAGAGAGCCAGUUUCUUCAGACUCCGGACACCGUGGUAUGAACCAGUGGUGGUGGGGAGUCUCGUCUAAGGGAGAGGAAAACCUGGCAAACAUCUGGUAACAACAUGGAUCAUGUAGGCUAGAUGAGUUUUGCGCACUCGGAAACGAAUUGGUCUCUAAUUCAAACCCCCCAAAAAACCACAGAAGUGACAUUUGGACUUCUACAUUGCCGUGGGUGUGAUAGUCUAAGAACCAAUGAAUGCCACGGCUUGGAUAAUGGAGGUUUGGAUUAGUUCAAACCACGACGGGUCUCGCCGCCGCUACUGGUAACGGUUCAGGCUUCAUGUUUGGUGUUCACCUAAUGCGCGGUGCUAUAACAUCUUCCGACUCCAACAGAAACAGAAAGAUUUCCGACUGAUGUGAAACAUUUCAACUGAUCUAAGAUCUCGGGAGCUGUUAGGUUAAUAUCAGAGAGCUGCUGAUGAAAUGUAGCCAUAGAUUUUAUAAGGUAUAGGUUUUAUAACGGAUUUUGUUUUUGUAACGCUGGAAAACCCGUUAAACACCUGUUUAGAGUCGAGACGCGUGAUCCCAUGUUGGAGAGAUCACAAGAAAUGUUUGGGUUGCAGAGAAGAGGGGAAUUUGACAUCCUCUCUGUGUCACUCAUAGUGGCGUUGAUGUGCUGUGCGCAGAGCGCCAACGAACCGGGGAAUAUGUCUUUCGUAAAGGAGACGGUGGACAAACUGUUGAAGGGGUAUGAUAUCCGCCUUCGACCAGACUUUGGAGGCAAACCGGUUUCUGUUGGCAUGAGUUUAGAUGUGGCAAACAUCGACAUGGUGUCAGAGGUCAACAUGGACUACACGUUGACCAUGUACUUCCAGCAGUACUGGAGGGACAAGAGGCUGGCGUACGCUGGGAUUCCCCUCAACCUGACGCUGGAUAACCGGGUCGCCGACCAGCUCUGGGUCCCCGACACCUACUUCCUCAAUGAUAAGAAGUCCUUUGUGCAUGGGGUCACCGUGAAGAACCGUAUGAUCCGACUGCAUCCGGACGGCACCGUGCUCUACGGACUGAGGAUAACAACGACGGCUGCCUGUAUGAUGGACCUGAGGAGAUACCCACUGGACGAACAGAACUGUACUCUGGAGAUCGAGAGCUAUGGCUACACCACAGAUGACAUCGAGUUCUACUGGAAAGGGGGGGAGAAUGCUGUGACAGGAGUGACUCGCAUCGAGCUGCCUCAGUUCUCCAUCGUGGACUACAAACUGGUUUCCAGGAAUGUGGUCUUUUCCACAGGUGCCUACCCACGUCUGUCUCUGAGCUUCAAGCUAAAGAGGAACAUCGGCUACUUCAUCCUGCAGACGUACAUGCCCUCCAUCCUGAUCACCAUCCUGUCCUGGGUCUCCUUCUGGGUCAACUACGACGCCUCCGCUGCCAGAGUGGCGUUAGGUAUCACCACGGUGUUGACCUUGACCACCAUCAACACCCAUCUGAGAGAGACGCUCCCUAAGAUCCCCUACGUCAAGGCCAUAGACAUGUACCUGAUGGGCUGCUUCGUGUUCGUCUUCCUGGCCCUGCUGGAGUACGCCUUCGUCAACUACGUCUUCUUCGGACGGGGCCAUCGGAUACAGAAGAAGUUGGCAGAGAAGGUCAACAAUGACAGGGCGGCCAAGUUCGACGGCAACAGGGUAACGUUUACCCCCUCAGAAAUGGUUGACUCUCAAGGCAACAUCCUCCUAACAACCCUGGAGAUCCACAACGAAGUUGGCGCUGGCAAUGAGAUCACAACCAGCAUCACCGAGACAACCACACGGAACUCCACCUCCAUGAUAUUCAACCAAUCAGGCCUCCAGUACCGAAAACCGAGUGCUCUGAGUGGCCGGGAGAGAAACGCCCAUGCUCACGUGAAGAAGACACGGCUACGCAGGCGGUCCUCUCAAUUCCUAAUCAAAAUCCCCAACCUGACGGACGUGAACUCCAUCGAUAGAUGGUCACGGGUUAUCUUCCCCUUCACCUUUACCCUCUUCAACUUCAUCUACUGGCUUUACUAUGUCAACUAGUGGUUCUCAAGCCUCUCCUCAGGGACCCCCAGCCGUUACAUUUUAGAACCACUGACCUAAGUAACAGAGAGGGAUUUUCACUCCUUAAACUUCUCUUGUUUCUCUAAAGAGUAAAGAAAUCCAUCUGUAUUCGGAGGACAUAUGACUACGCAGUCCAUACUGAGUGCAGAGAGACACGAGAACAACACUGAGUAGUGGGGUCUCUUGAACUGUACGUUCAGACGAGCAGAGACAGACGCUUUGUGGAAAUACUAUCCUUCUGAACACUCCUCUGUACAAACGAGAGGGGGACACAGUAAAUGGUAAGGGGUUUUCAGAAGUGUUAUUUACUUUGAUUUAUGCCAAUGAUUGUGACUCUACCCCUUAUUUAAGUGUGAGAAAUUCAUUGAGCUAAAACUCAUUAUAAACUGAAUGAUAAAUUAAUUCAGUGUGCUAUUUAUCAUAGUAGCCCAUUAUAAACUGAAUGAGAAAUGAAUUCAGUGUGCUAUUUAUCAUAGUAGCCCAUUAUAAACUGAAUGAGAAAUGAAUUCAGUGUGCUAUUUAUCAUAGUAGCCCGUUAUAAACUGAAUGAGAAAUGAAUUCAGUGUGCUAUUUAUCAUAGUAGCCCGUUAUAAACUGAAUGAUGAAUUAAUUCCGUGUGCUAUUUAUCAUAGUAGCCCAUUAUAAACUGAAUGAUGAAUUAAUUCCGUGUGCUAUUUAUCAUAGUAGCCCAUUAUAAACUGAAUGAUGAAUUAAUUCAGUGUGCUAUUUAUCAUAGUAGCCCGUUAUAAACUGAAUGAUGAAUUAAUUCAGUGUGCUAUUUAUCAUAGUAGCCCGUUAUAAACUGAAUGAUGAAUUAAUUUUGUGUGCUAUUUAUCAUAGUAGCCCGUUAUAAACUGAAUGAUGAAUUAAUUCCGUGUGCUAUUUAUCAUAGUAGUCCAUUAUAAACUGAAUGAUGAAUUAAUUCAGUGUGCUAUUUAUCAUAGUAGCCCAUUAUAAACUGAAUGAUGAAUUAAUUCCGUGUGCUAUUUAUCAUAGUAGUC